AGCAUCAACGUAAAGGGAGGAGACAAAGGAGGAGGAGCUACGCAGCGGCCUGCUUGCGAAAGCUCGAUGCGCAGAAGGCUGGUGACCAGGAAGAAGAACAAGCUCUUGAGGCUGAAGGAGGAGGGGGACGGGUCGUGGGUCCGUACCUGGGAGCUACGCCGCCUCCCCCCUUCUCUUUCGUUCCCUGGGCGAUUCUGAAGCCUCUGGCGGAGGCCCUGAAGGCGGGCGAAAGGGCGGAAGCCUCUCUCCUUCAGUCUCGCUGCCUUUGUUCCGCCGGAGCUGCUCAUGUGGCUGUCUUGGGAGAGACGCGGGGAGGGAGAGCGAGAGGCACAGCGGGUCCUUGGGGCAACGGUGGUAGGGGCUAAGCGGCUUAUGCCUGCUCGGAAGCUGGCAUGAACUUCCUGCGCCGGGCUCCUGCUGGCGGUGCUGCCCACGAGAGGCCAGAGGGAUACAGCCGUUGUCGCCUGGAGCUGCCAUUGUGUCUCUGAGAAGGGAGGGACCCCCCACUUCCCUCUGGGGAAGAUGGGGAAUUGCCUGAAGUCCCCCACCUCGGAUGACAUCUCCCUGCUGCACGAGUCCCAGUCGGACAGGGCCAGCUAUGGGGAUGGGACUGAGCCGGAUCAGGAGCCGCCGCCGCCAUAUCAGGAACAGGUUCCAGUUCCAGUUUACCAUCCAACUCCAAGCCAAACCCGCCUAGCAACACAGCUUACAGAAGAAGAACAAAUUAGGAUAGCGCAACGGAUAGGUCUUAUACAGCACCUGCCGAAAGGAGUCUAUGACCCAGGAAGAGAUGGCUCAGAGAAAAAGAUUAGAGAAUGUGUGAUCUGUAUGAUGGACUUUGUUUAUGGGGACCCGAUCAGAUUCCUGCCAUGCAUGCAUAUUUACCACCUGGACUGCAUAGAUGACUGGUUGAUGAGAUCUUUCACCUGUCCUUCCUGCAUGGAGCCGGUUGAUGCAGCCUUGUUGUCAUCUUAUGAGACCAACUGAGCCAGAGCUUCUCUUCUGACCUGCCAAGGAAAACAUCCAAUUUAAUGGGUUUUAUCCUUUAUCAUUCUACCCAAAGAACCAGAGAUUACAAAAUAAAAUCAUGCAGAAGAAAAGCUCAUUUCCUAGGAAGUUAAGAAAAAAAAUAUCCAGAGUAACUGCAGGUAUUGAGGGAGGGAGGGAGAUAGAAAUACAUUUUAGAGAAUACAGGGAAAAAUAGGAUAUUAUUUUUACAAAAAGCCUUGAUCCAGUGCUUAAAAAUAGUUGCUCCCUAAUAAAGGUCUUUAGCAUACCCAUUCAGAGGAAUUCAGAGUGAAUAAUGGUAGAUGUUAAAAACUAAAUUGUGUGAACUCAAAUAUCAUGGAAUUUUAAUAUUUGAGCAUCAUUGGAAUAAAUGAGAGUAUACUAUAGGAGCAGGAGGGAAAGUAUGCAUAGAAAGGAAAUGGAUGCUGGAGUAUUGUAAAGAAAAUAGCAAUUUUUGUGUAAUUACUUCAGAGGUUCCUGGUAUUUGGGUUAAUGCUCAAUUUACAGAAAGAGAGAGAGAGGGAAAAAGGCUACAUUUUAUAACACUGGCACAAAAAUAGUUUUAAGCUUGUUUGCACAGUUCUUUUUUAUCCAUUGGAAAUGGAAUCCAUUUUGCCUUAGGUCUUUUUAAAUAGUGUGUUCUUAUGUUUGGGCUGGCUCUAUGCUUGAAAACCAGUUUAUUUAUAACCUGUUAUAAAAGUGCUAUAUUUUGUUUGUAGUUGGGAUUAUGUGGACCUCAAAAAGGUCUAGCUUGUAAACAAACUUGAGAUGCACUAUCUCUUUUCUAUGUGACAUUUUAAUGUUGAGCAUAUUAUACAAAAUCAGAAGACAAAUCAGUGUUUAUCAUUCUAGAUAACUUAUUUUAUUGCUUCCUUUUUGACUAAACAAGUUGCAGAAGUCAAACUGAAAUUUAUUUUACCUUUGUGAAUUUAAAGUGGAGCACGACAAAGAUGAAGGCAAGAUGAUUAUCAGUUUUCAGAAGCACACACGGAGAUUGUUUAGAUUUCUGUAUUUCAGAAAGUAUUACUUUAGACCAUAUGAAAAAGAUACUGCAUCUCUCAUUUUCUUAGGUUUUAGAUUCUAAAGACCACAACGUCACAGUCUCUGUAUUAAAUGUAUCUUUUGUAUUCUGCUGGCUGGUAUAGCAGUCUAUUAGGCAGAUGUGAAAAAUUUAUAUUUUAUGUUUUGUACAAAAAUGCAAAAGUUCAUAUAUGGCAUAGAACUAUGUAAGAUUGAUCAAGCAAGCUAUCUUCAACUGGUAAAGGUUGUUCUAAGUAUUUACAUUUUUGAACUUAAAACAAAAUAACUUGAUAGACAGUCAUGCAAAGAAAGUGUAGCUGUUUUAAAAAUUAAUUUUUAAAAAAUCCGCUUAGCAUGUGGGAUUUUGUCCUCUUAAAUGUUCUUUAAUGUAACUUUUAUACACUUAAAGCCAAUACAUUGCAAAGUCUUAUAGUUUAGCAUGAGAUGCAGGCUUCAUUUAACAGCAGUCGUUUGACAACUGUUUUUUGAUUGUUUAUAAUGGAUUGGUGAUCUCCAGAGGUCAUAUCUGGACCUUAGAGGGUUGCAUGUGCUCCUGUAACCUCCCCAGCCAUUUUUCUUUUUUUACUGGAAUCCCCCCCCUCGCACUCUCUAGUGGCCAAAAUAAAUACAGAAUAAAAACAUUUUCAAUGUUUGGUGAUAUGGGCCUGAAAACAAGGCAGAAUUGCAUCUCACAAUCCCUGGAGAGCACAAGGAGAAUUUUUAGCCAAUUUUGCCCACUCCCCAAUGGCCCACAGGAUGCAUGUUGUCCACCCUGGUUUAUGUGAUUCCGAGAAACUGUAUUUAAGCCAACUGUUUCACUGAAGCUGUACGCUUUACAGUAUAGAGUAAUUACAUGUCAGAUUUGUCGAAGAUUAGUUGGCAGGAUGUAAAAAUUUGCAUAGUGGCUUAUUUAUUAUCCUGUAGAAAAUGCUCCACAAGGCACUGUUGAUUAUUUCCAUUCAGAUGCCUCAGCCCACAUCCCACUGUGCACACUAAUAUAUAUGCACUGCUCUCAUGCAAGCAGGCUUCCCCAUUUGUUUUGAUUAAAAAGGCAGACUGAGCAUGCUCAAAAUAACUGAACAAAAAGAGAUACCGGGGAGGAGAUCCAUGUGAGCAUCAGAAUUCACAUUAUAUGCAAAAAAAUUGCUCAAUAAGGAUGAGAAGAUGCAGUCAACGAUGUAUUCCAAAUCAGUUCCACACUGUUCCAGUAUAAAGGGUGUGGUUAUCACAGAAGCAUGCAGUUAAAGCUAGUGUAGUCUUGGGCUGAUUUUCAUUUGUACCAGAACAACAGAAACAAUUAUGUUGUUCUACAUUACAGGAAGUAAAUCUGAGAAAGAAACAAAAGUGUGCAAUAUUUUCAGUAGUUAACCAUACUACCUUAUCAUUCCAUGUGUUGUUUUCCGUAAAUGUUGAUGUCUUUCUUGUCACGUCCUAUAGCCAGACUUUUCUUCUAUUUUACCUUGGAUUGUUAAAGCUGGCAAAUGAACAAUUUUUAAACACCAA